CUCCCCACGCGCGCCGACUGGGCGCACCUCUGGGCCGCCUGGGACACCGUCACGCUGCGCAUGAUCCCGCCGGGCAUGCUGCACCAGAAGCCGAUCGACCUCCGCCACAAGUGCCUCUUCUACAUCGGGCACAUCCCGACCUUCCUGGACAUGCUGCUGAGCAAGACGACGGGCGAGGACGGGUGCGAGCCGCGCUGGUUCUGGAACAUAUUCGAGCGCGGGAUCGACCCGCACAUCGACGACCCCGAGCACUGCCAUCCCCACUCGGAGGUGCCGACGCGCGACGAGGACUGGCCGGCCCUCCCGCAGAUCCUCGCGUUCCGCGACGCGGUGCGCGCGCGCCUCCUGCGGGUGUACGACGAGCUCGCCGCGGGGACGCGCCCGCUCACGCGCCGCCUCGCGCGCACGAUCGUGUUGUGCCUGGAGCACGAGGGGUUCCACGUCGAGACGCUGCUGUACAUGCUCAUCCAGCGCGCGGGCACGGGCACGCUCCCGCCGCCGGGGCCCGUCCCGCCCUUCGAGGCGCUCGCGAGGCAGUGGGCGGCCACCCCGCCGCCGGCGACGCGCACGGUCACGCUCGGGCCUGCCACCGUCGUGCUGGGGCACGACGACCAGGAGUCGGAGGACCUGCUCGAGGAGAACGCGCUGAGCGUGGAGGGCCACGCGUUCGGGUGGGACAACGAGAGCCCGCGGCGCGCGGUCGCGGUCGGGCGCGUCGCGUUCGAGUGGCGCCCGGUGUCCAACGCCGAGUUCCGCGCGUUCUGGGAGGAGCGGGGGGCUGAAAUCCAGAUGCCCGCGAGCUGGGUGCUCGACGCGGGCGAGCUCAAGGUCCGCACGCUGUACGGCCCCGUCGCGUUCGCCGUCGCGGCGCACUGGCCCGUGCUGACGUCGUACGACAACCUGGCCGCGUACGCCGCGCGCCAGGGCGGGCGCCUGCCCACCGAGCCCGAGCUGCGGCUCUUCCUCGACACGUACGACGCCGGGCACGCGGGCGGGGGCAACGUCGGGUUCCGGCACUGGCACCCCGUUCCGGCGACGGCGGGCGUGGACGGCGGCAAGGGCACGAACGGCGGCGUCUGGGAGUGGACGUCGACCAAGUUCGACGGGCACCCGGGGCUCGACCCGACGGGGCUCUUCACGGGGUACUCGACGGAUUUCUUCGACGCGGUGCACCACGUCGUCCUCGGCGCGUCGUACGCGACGAUCCCGCGCCUCGCGGGCCGGCGGACGCUGCGCAACUUUUACCAGCACAAUUAUCCGUACCCGUGGGUGGCGGCGCGGGUCGUGUAUGAUGCGUGAGGGUCCCUUUGGCGGGGGAGGAUAGCUGCUUCUUGGCCGGCUUCGCCUGGUGAUAUAGAGGAUUGCCGAUGUAUUUGUAUGAUACUGUACAUUGUUCCCUCCUUGCGUUAUAUCCUGGAUGUUUUUGCUCUCGUCCUAGCGCGUAUUCGAUGCUUGUACCUAUGUGAUGUACUAUGUGCAGUUAGUAUGGAUUUGCUUUGAUCAAGCCCACCGAC